GAAGAAAGAAGCGACGAAGAAUUGACAAGCCUGACCAGUGGUCAGUAGUGACCUGAUUAAGACGUCCGUGAGCUGGCUCGACAAUCUGUCAAAAUAACGUCCAAGCAAAUUACGAGGAACUGGUUCACUUUGCAUCUUUGAAAAAACGCAAAACGUGGCGGGGGUUUCAAACAAAAACAAAACCUCACGAGUUUGUCUUUGAAUAUUGUUGAUCAGUCGCAGACUAACGUUACGUCUGAAAGAGAUUUUAACAGAUCAGCUGUCAACACCAGACGUGUCAGUGAAAGACCCACCAUGCUUCGAGUUUGUUUCUUUCUGGUGUUCUCUAAUACUCUCAUGAUUUGUAUGUGUGGACCCGGGUUUACAGACAUUGACAGGAGUAAAUAUGAAGAUGGGAAAUCGCGAUUUGAAGUAAUGGAUAGUCAUUCCAGGAUCCCCAAAUAUGGACAUUGUUGGAAGGGUGCUAUAGCCGUGAUCCAGGAAGGCUGCAAGCACUUGACACAUAUCAUGCAAAGUAGACUAGCUUUGUCAUAUUUAAACUGUUUUCUUGAGGACCAAGGCCUCUCAACCUAUCCGUGUAGUGCAGAUGAACCUGUCUCGUCCUGUACAAAAUAUAUGACGGAUGUUGAUAGAGGUUCUUUUACAACAUUUUUUACAUAUACGCAAAAUAUCUGUUAUUUUCUAGAAUCACAAGUUUGGCAUCAGGAAACGGAACAAACAAUAACAAGGUUGGCACACAGCUCUGAAGAUGUGGCUGACCGUCUUGAAGAAAGCAGCAAAUUACAAGAAGCCAUGAUUACACAACAAAAUUUAACCCUUCAAAAUCAGGAAAUCAUUCUAGAUAAAGCAGCAAAUUUAAGUGACAUUAUAUCAACAUCAUCUGAUAACAUGCACAAACUUUAUACUGACUUUAAAAAAUCAACAAUUGAACAAAAGAUUUUGAUAAAUGAUAUGUUUGACAAAGUUACCAAGUUACAAACUAUGGUUCUUGGAGAAUUUUCAGGAUUUUAUUCCAUGAUCUAUUAUGCAGUAUCCGUGGUAAUGGCCUACCUACUGACAUCAACACAAAGGACAGCAAGUGCUCGGUUCUGGCUGUUUGGUAUUUUCACCAUUGGAAUAAUCGCUGAGAGAGUGAUGAUUUCUGUCCUCAAUGGAGCAUCAUCAUUUUACUUUGACUUCAUACCACUGGAGGCAAAUCUAGAAGAGAUUGUUUACACCAACCAGUGGCUGUGCAGGAAAGUAUGUGGAAGUUUGGCUUUGGUCGUCCUGGCAAUAUUUGCGUACCGUUUCCGUGACCUCAACGUAGUCAAUAAUGGACUCCUCAUGGAUAUCAAAAGACAAAACUCGGAGCUCCGGCAAUAUCUCCUAAACACAACUCCCACAGGAUUAAACAAUCCGGAGAUUUCUGACCAACAAGGUAGCAUGUUGACAUCCUCGUCCCCAAUGGCAGUGGCCGCUGAUUCCACCGGAUAUGAAACUGAUUCUGCUGUGAGUGACUGUAGCUACUUCACGGAUCAAGAUUCUACAACUAUGGGCACUGACCACACUUUCCAGGCGGCACUGACCAAUUGGGAGGACUCGGAGAGUAGCAGUUAUACUUCUGUAAUGUCAUCAGAGUUUUCUGGACAAACUAACGAUAGAAAACCGACUUCUGACUUGUCUCUAAAUAUAGAUACCUGGGCCAGGACCGGGUACUAUCGACACUCUAUACCAAGAAAAGGUGAUUCAGAUCUUGAUUCGUCCAUAGCAGAAUCUGUCAAACGAAGGCAUAGGACAUCAGACACUCCAGAACAGAAUACCAGCAAUUCUGCGCCCAAAUACUCCCUCAGACCAAGGUCAAAACGCCAGAACAACAAUCCCGUUACACGGACCGAGUCUCCGAGAUCUUUUUCACGCGUAGUCAAACAACUGGAACGGAUUGCAAUGCAAAACAGUAAGUUGGCCACAACUUACACCAUCAAAAGGAAGAGUAAUAUAUCUGAGGUGUCAGAUUAUGAUGGUAGUGAACAUCUGUGAUUUCUGCUGUGACAACAUAUUUGUAAUAAGCCUGUAUCCUCACUUUUGUCCAAGACUUAAAAUUCCCACAAAAAAACUUUUUCAGACACAAAUUCCUUCCCAUCUGAUAAGUUUUGACUGGACGGAAUUGUGUGAUAUAGAAUUAUACGCUAUAUAAACAUUCAUAAUAGUGCCUAUAUUUAAAAUCAAUUGAGAUAUACAUUACUGUAUGUUGUUUUACUUACCGAUCACAUUUACAUUUUUAUAUACGUUGUAUUAUGUACGAACCAUUCAUGAAAGGAAGAUGUAUUAUCACAGUGUCUCAUUUCAGCAGGGCUAAAAUAUCCAUGUCAGAGAUUUUCCCCUCAUAUUCGUAUAACAUUUAAUUGUCAAACAAGCAUUCAUUGCAGUAUAUACCAUUCACAGGGACUUGGCAUGAUUUCUCAACCCAUGGUCCAUGUAUUGUCUCGCAUGCGACAGAGUCGCGAAGUGUGAUGUGCAUGUAUGUUUUACUUUUUUGUCGCUUUUUAAUUUUCUCCAAGUACAUAAGCUGUCAUAAAGGCACCUGGAUUGUUCUUGUUUCUAUAUAAAACCAUCCCAAUACACAUUUCAGAUUCAGAAUUUCAACUAAAAUUUACUGUUUAUUGAACUUUGUUAAUUAACUUUACAAUAUUGAUAUUUUUUUUUAUUUUUCAAUUAACUGGAGGUUGAGCUUAAUUUCUCACUUUUUAUGUUUGAAGAAAUACAUUGUAGCAAUAAAAUCUAUAAAAAAGAAUUCAAGUUAUUACAACAAUAAAUAUCAUUAAUAUACCACAUGUUGACUUAAUCUUAAUGAUAUGUCAAAGCGGAGACUUACAAGGCUUACAUAGUUGGGUGGAAAUUUGUCCUUGGUCCCAGUGUACUAUAUAUCAAAUUUUUCUACAUUCUUACAUUUUCUGAAACCCUGCUUGUUAUUUGCCAUCUUUUAUAUCUAUAGACCAACAGCUACUCAAUGCCAUUACGAAGUAAAUAAUGUUUAGCGUUUUAUAUUCCAACAUUAAGCCUGCAUUCAAUA